CCUGCGCGGUGCACCUCGAACUGAGAGGAGACGUGCACGAGCCGCGGUACCGCGCCGUUAUCACAACAGAACCGAGCCGCAGUAUGCGGGCUUCUCUCCCCAGCAGUCCGCCGAGCCCGCCCGCAGCCUGACGGAGCAGCAGUUCGGAGCAGGCCGGAGCCUGGCUGUCCGUCCGCAGGCACACGCAGAGACAAAGCGGGGCGACGGGAUGAGGCUGCCGCCGCCCGCCGACGGUGCUGCGGCGGAAACUGAGCCCAAUUAAACUGAAUCUAAACAGAGCGCGCGUGACCGCCGACAGCCCCCGAGUCUGAGGUGUUGCUUUGCCGCCGGGGGAGGGGGUGGAGGCAUGGUUAUGUCCUCCGCGUCCCUUCUGCACCUGAAAGACUGAACCCAGGGAGUAAAGAGGCCACGAGCGGAGACAGCAGCCUGGAGCCUCAGAGGUUAGCUGGAGCGGCUUCGCUAAUUGAAGAAGACCAGACGAUUCCCAGAUGCUGGACUCGUCCCUCUGUGAUCCAAAGAAUUCCAGGAACUGACUGGAAAAGUUUAGAUGUAAGUGCAAGCUCAGCAUGACAGCUCAAAGCUGGACCUGCCUCUCCAUGCCCGCCACCCUGGUCCUGGUCCACAUCCUGGUCCUGGCUCACUCAAUGUCAGCCGCACGCUCCGACAGGAACCUGGUGCUGGAGGAGAAUGUGGAUGCCACUGUCAACGCCACCGUGCUGGACGCACGAGGAAACACCGUGCACGUGAUGAGCAGAGACGACGGCACAUACGGACAGAACUCCCCCAAAGUGGAUGCCAGGGGUGUCGUCAUCGCACCCUCCCCACAUCAUGGAGUUGUGGACCGCCAGGGCUGUGAUCCAAACACCCACUUCCUGGUUCCUCCUCGGACUGUGCACUGGGUGGCGCUGUUACAGAGAGGCAACUGUACCUUUAAAGAGAAGAUCCUGAAGGCAGCUGCCUACAAUGCCACAGCAGUCCUCAUCUACAACAACUCCACGGAGAAAACCGUCAAGAUGGGUCAUGAAGGUACUGGAGAGAUAGUGGCGGUGAUGAUCACUGAUGCGUAUGGAAAAGAGAUCCUGGCGCACUUAGAGCGGAACUUCACGGUCUUGGUCUCUGUAGUUGUGGGUCAGCGCAGUUCCACCAAAAACAUCAACCGCGGCUCGUUGGUCUUUGUCUCUAUCUCCUUUAUCGUCCUCAUGAUCAUCUCCUCAGCCUGGCUCAUCUUCUAUUUCAUCCAGAAGAUACGUUUCAGCAGCGCCCGUGACCGCAGCCAGCGCCGCCUCGGCGAUGCAGCCAAGAAAGCCAUCGGGAAGCUGACCACGAGGACGGUUAAGAAAGGAGACAAGGAGACGGAUCCGGACUUCAACCACUGUGCGGUGUGCAUCGAAGCGUACCAGCUGAAUGAUGUGGUCCGGAUCCUGCCGUGCAAACACGUUUUCCACAAAGUGUGUGUGGACCCCUGGUUGAACGAACACUGCACCUGCCCCAUGUGCAAACUCAACAUCCUGAAAGCUCUGGGCAUCAUGACGACCCUCCCCUGCAUGGACAGUGUUGUCUUGGAUGUGGAGCGUCUGGGUGUCAGUCAGCCUUCUGGCAGCCAGAGGGCGCCAUUGAGUGACAGCAUGCAGCCUUCCAUCAGCCUGGAGCCACUCAGCCCGCCAUACUAUGUGGCCACGCCCAGAACUCCUGCAGACAUCACAGUCGCGGUCACAGGUGGCGGUCACUUCUUCAACCGGAACUCGGGGUCUGGCCGCAGCGCCGUGUCAGAAAUGGAGCUGCCGGACAUCCAGGCCUCACUGGACCUUUAUGAGGACAACAAGUCCUGAGACCCGCCACAGGGGCACCCGGCACCAGACUGGAGCACCUGUGUGGACACAGGAACAGCCUGUUUGUUGGUCACGUGGUGUACCGGAAAGUUCUAAAAACAACAACCUGGUUUUGGACUCGGUGUUUCCACCAGAAUUCCUUCUUGCCGCAGACGCAGUGUGCUGGAUCUUGGUGACAGUUUGGUCUGGAUUUGUUUUGUUCAAAAACUGCUCCCUGAAAACAUUAAGAUGAGAGGCACCGAGUCCAGACCCACCAGAACCAAACCAACCAAAUCUGACCCUCAGUCCAGCUCUAGAAUGUUGUGAGAAAACAUCGAAUAAGGAAACCUGCUGUUUCCUGGACAUCCAAGGUACCUCAAAAACUCUAAAUAUCAUGAAAUGUUGACAUUGCCUUUGAGUUCUCACAGCCCUUCUUCUGUUUUUCAUCGUUCCCCUAAAUGUCAGGACUUUCAACAGAGAUCUUUGGAAGGUUUUCACUGCAUUUUUCAGGGGAAAGAAGCUCCAUUGAGAUGUUAGGCUCUCCCACAGAAGGUUCUGCUCUCAUGUUUAGACUCAGUGGAACAGUACUUUUUGUUGCCCAAAGUAAUUGCAGUCCAGAAAAAGAGUUUUUGGAUGUUUGUCAUGCUGAGGGAGAAUUGAUCACCUUUCUGAAAUUCUUCUUUGAUCCCAAAAGACCAUGUUUCUGUUCGAGAGGCUUGUCAUAAAAACAGGAAAAAUUCUAUUUUUCUCUUUCAAAUCGUAUUUAAAUUGUUUAGGAGAACCAUGGCUUCUUAAAGCUGUUGUUGUGGAAGAUGCUACCAAAAUGACUUCUGGAGUCUUGUUGCUCCUGGAGAUUUUUUUCUUUUUUGAGUUUAUUUAGAUGUUUUAUUACUUUCUGGAGAGCUUUAGGAUCCAUUUUUGUGGAACUUUUCAAGCCCACAGAAGUGCCCCCGGCCGUUACACGGGUCCUGUUGUGCUUUAAGUCCCGUUCUCUUGCUGGAAAACAAGUUCAAAGUUGUGUGUCUGAAACUGGAGCAGCUCGAGCAGAACCUCAGCAGAAAUCUGAACCCAGAAAAAAAAUCCAUCCCUCCUUUCCGGUGUUCUGUGUUGAGCUGGAAUCAGCCUGAACCCCUGACUGUCUGAUGAGGGAUGGGUGGUUCUUUGAUUAACAUCCUCAUCUGUACAUACAUAGUGAGCUUAUUCCCCCUAAUCACGUGGAAACCAGAACCAGAGUGGUCUUGGACAAAGAUCUGGAUGUAUUAACAUUAUCUUUAUCAGUGUUAAUUCCCUUCAGGGAGAACAGGUUGUAGACAUGGAGGUAUUUAGAUUUAAAGGGACAGUCCAGCAUUUCAGUAAGCCUGCUGUAACACGUCGUUUGCAGCAUGUGGAGUUCCUCAGGGUGCUUUUCUGGGUUUUCAGGCCUCAUAUGGAUACAAGGAAAGAAUGAAAAGCCUGCCAUAUCCUCCUCCUUCUCCUACAUAAGUAAUGAAGCUGCCAGAACUUCCCGGAUGUUCUUGUUCACUUGUAGUCCUGCGGACAUCAGAUAUCCCUGCAGGGUUCAGCCAUCAUGAACUCAACAGCUAAACUUAAACAGGCAAGCUUCACAUUGCAUCUUCAACAGAAGCCGAGGCACGGAAACCGUCAGAGAACGAUCCCUGAUCCCCAAACCCACACAUCCAACGGAGAAAGCCGAAGCUGAGUGAGGUCGGAUGAAGGCAGGUUCAUGAAAACGCGGUCAGCAGGACUCUCCAGACUGCAGUCCACUCACCAUCAGCCUCAUGUCUGUGGAUCAUUGCUGGACUCCUCUUCUUCUAACACAGACCCCCCUCCCUCAAUUACUCCAGGUGAUGUCUGAGCUGGGAUGGAGCCAUCAAGAGGAGAUCCUGAUGAUGUUUGGCUCGUCUCCAUCACGCUUGGGUUUCUGCAGAAGGUUUCCUGAAAUAGCUGACUGCUCCCUCCAAAUGUAUUAAACUGCUUCUAAAUUAACCUGCAUAUAAUAAUCCAUAUAAAAUUGCUAUUCAAUCUAUAAUCCUUCAACUGAAUACUAUCUCUGAAGUGACUUGAAGAUGUCUGGAGGGACACUGCUGCUGUCCUCGUCUGUCUGUGCUUGUUUGUGUGGAACCAUGAUGAUGAUGAUGAAGCUAUCAGUCACUGGGUCUUUAUUCAGCAUCGAGUGUCACCAACUGUUAUUAAAGUGUCCUCAUUGGGUUUAA